AUGUCAAGAUCAGUGAAUGAUCCUUGUCGUGACUCUCGAGUUAAUAAUUUUUCUCUUGGUAAUCGUAUAGCUGAAAAUGGUGGACACAAAAAGCCUGCAGUAAAGAAUUUUAUAAAGAAUCUACAAGAAAACUCAAUGAAAAAAAUUGUUAAAAUGGACAAUUUAAAAGAAAGCAAUACUGAAAUCAUUACAGUUUCUCCAGAUUUCUUAGAUGACAGUUCAGUUGAGUUCAAAGAUCCAAUGUCAGAUUCUAGUAAUGAUGAUUUAGAAAUGCACAGCAUAUACCAAGAAGAUCCAGAGGUUAUAGUUGUCUGUGGUGAUGAAUUUGAUCAAUCAAGUGAUAGUGAUUUGGAAUUCAUAGAAGAAAUUCAACAAGUUGAACCUGAAAAAAGUAAAUUAAUAAAUGACAUAAACUCCACUGAUGUAGUUGUCAAAUCAGAUAUUUUGAAUGAUUUGUUAGAAGGACGUGUGACUAAAACAACUAAAAAACUUCUUGAAUCCACUAAAAUUACAUAUUUGCCCAUGCAAUUAACUCAAAGUGAAUUUCGUUCUACUUAUUCCAAUGAUAAAAGUCCAUUCAAGGUUCGACCUGUAAAAGCUAACAAAGGCUUAAGACACUUUUCAAAAAGAGUGUGUGAUAAGGUAAAAACUAAAAUGGUAACUACAUAUAAAGAAGUAGCUGAUGAAUUAGUUGCAGAAUGUGUUGGAAAUAAUGAAAGUCCUUCGUUUUUAUAUGAUCAAAAGAAUAUUAGACGUCGUGUUUAUGAUGCUUUGAAUGUAUUAAUGGCUUUAGACAUAAUUACUAAGAACAAAAAAGACAUAACAUGGAAAGGAUUACCGACUGGAUCUAUACAAAAUAGUGUGUAUCUUGUUCAAGAAAAGGAAAAUCGUCUUAACAAUGUAAAGCGAAAACUUUUAGCUCUUCAAGAGAUUAUUAUGCAAGAAGUAGCUGUUAAACGAUUAGUUAAACGUAAUCAGGAUAUGGAAAAUGAAUUUGGACCUCCGCCUAAAAAUACAUUUGUCAAUCUCCCUUUCAUAGCUAUCAGUGCAAGUGAAGAUACUGUUGUUGAAGUUGAAAUUUCUGAAGAUCAAAAACAAUAUGGAAUGAAUUUCAAUGAUAAAUUUAGUGUGAUUGACGAUACAGAGCUUUUAAAAUCUAUGGGCUUCACUUUAGGGUUAGAUUGUGGUGAAGUAAGCAAUGAAGAUUUGAAAGUUUUAAAAACACUAGUACCCAAAGCCUUUGAGAAACACAUUGUUAUGAUGGCAACUAAAAAUGGAGAAAUGUUCAAUGAUAUUUGUAAAGAAUUUGAUGAAAAAAUUAAGGCUGCUGAAAUUGAACAAACUCCAUCCAGGCCUAAUAUUAUUAAUAGAAGAAGAAAUAAGAGAUGA